AUGUCAAGGGAUAAUGUUGAACAAGUUCAUCCUCAAAACGACGUCGAAACAGCCUCCUCGGUGGAGGCCGAGGUGUCCGAUUCCAAGGAGCUGCACCACAAGAGAAGUAUGAAACGAUUAUGCUACGUCGCAGUAAUCGUCUUGCUCCUAACCAUUGUGAUUUUGGUGUUUACAACGACAGUCUUCCAUGUCCAUAGUCCCAAGUUUCGAAUUCGAUCAAUCACCAUUGAUGAGCUCAGUGUGAGUAGCUCAAACGCCAUUGAUAUGAAAUUCGAAACUGAAAUAGGAAUAAAGAACAACAACUUCGCCGAAUUUGAAUUCGAAAAGACCUCAGUUGGCUUCUUCUACAGGGGAACUCGUGUUUCACUGGUCGAUGGUGACGCAAUGGUAGAGGAAGGAAACGUCAAACCUCGGUCAACUAAGAAGGUUCAAUUCACAGCUGAAAUGAGAACCACCAAUUCGAUUUUUGUUGAUGAUGUUAAAUCCGGAGCUUUGACUUUGACUGGUAAUGGCAAGCUGAGUGGGACAGUUCACUUGAUGAAAUUGAUCAAGAUGAAAAGAUCUUUUGAGAUGAAUUGCACCAUCAAUAUUAAUUUGAAUAAAAAAGUUGUUCAAGAUAUAAAUUGCAAAUAG